AUGAGCUCCUUCCGCAACCACCGAAUCGUUAUUGCAUCCCUCUUCCUGCCGACCACCGCUGUUCUGGGCGAGUCGGGCCCACCGACGCCAGAGAAGCAGCUCCGCGAUCCCCCUUCGCUCGCAAUCCCACCCUCCGCAUUCCGGAACCUCGACAAGCCCAAGUCGACGUCGUCGCGAACAGGGGGGACGGUGCCGCGCACCCGAUCAAGUAGUGUAACCAAUGCACUCGCCGCUAGCAUCCCGGGACCAUUGAAGAGCAUCGUUGAAGAUCUUCAGGGAAAGUCCAGAAACAUCACUCCGGCUACCCUCUCCCCGGCACAAGAGAUCGCGAAUCCAUUCUUCAAGGCUGUUCGAAUUCUCACCAGAGACCUAGGUGAAGACCAGAGACAACAUGAAUCUCCCACCAGCAACCCGACAUCUCCCCCGGCUUCCCGAAAGCACCAAACGACACACACAGACCAUGGCAACACCCCAGCUCGUAUACAGCGCAAGGGCUCCCGAUCAUCGUCUCGCCGACCUCCAGCCGACAAUGAUAUCAAGUUGACUAACGGACGGACAGUUGGCUGCUGGAACCUCGAAGCAAACACCCAUUGCAAUGGCGGCCUGAAGAACGCGGUACAGAGCGUCGGGCCGAGGCUGCGCAAGAAGUUGUGGGUGGGAACGCUCGGGACGGCUACGGACACGUUCAGCGAGCCUCUGAGGCAGGAAAUUGAUCGAAAGAUGGUCGUAGAAUGCAAUAGUCAACCCGUCUGGAUCCCAGACGCAGAGUUCGAGAGCUGUUAUGACGAGUUCUGUCACCAGGUCUUGUGGCCUUGCCUUCACUAUGCGGUUCCAGACGCGCCCAAGACGAAGCUGUUCUACGAAUCCGCUGCGUACAAGCAAUACGAAGCCGUCAACCAACGGUUCGCGGACACGAUUAUAGAAAACUACCAAGAUGGCGACAUAAUCUGGGUGAACGACUACCAUCUCAUGCUCUUGCCGGCCAUGCUGCGCGCAUCAAAUAAGAUUCCAGCCACGACGCCCAUCGGCUUCUUCAUGCACGUCGCGUUCCCGUCUUCAGAGAUCUUCCGGUGUCUAUCCGUGAGACAGAAGCUGCUGAAGGGUCUUCUUGGUGCCGACCUGGUAGGAUUUCAAACCGCGUCAUAUGCUCGUCAUUUCAGGCAGACGGUGAGCCGGAUUAUGUCGUAUGAGGCGCUGCCAAAAGGCAUCGAGAUCAAAGACGGGGAGGAAGGCGCUGGGAGGGGACGGUUCGUGGACGUUGGCGUUUUCCCGAUGGGGAUUGAUGUGUAUCAGCUGAGGGAGAAGAUGCGUGAUCCUGAAGUCAGUGAAUGGAUUGCGGUUCUAAAACAGCGUUACGCUGGGUUAAAGCUCGUCGUAGGGCGGGAUAAACUUGAUGAAGUCCAGGGCGUGCGGCACAAAAUACAGGCGUUUGAGAUGUUCCUCGAAAAACAUCCCGAAUUUCAACAGAAGGUGGUUCUCAUCCAAGUGGCCCUACAAACCACAGAAACCAACGAGUUUGCAGGCGGCGUUGCGGAUGCUGUUUCUCACAUCAAUUCUCGAUUCUCUACUCUUACGUGGCAGCCUGUGGUCUUCCUACAUACCCAAGACUUGACGUUCACUCAAUAUUUGGCUUUAUUGAGCGUCGCGGAUGCGUUCUUGGUCACAAGUUUGCGCGAAGGAAUGGCUUUGAGGACACACGAAUAUGUCGAAUGCCAGGAGGAACGACACAGGCCACUUAUUCUCAGCGAGUUCACUGGGUCGUAUAGUUACAGUGGUUUUCGGUCUUGCAUUGCUAUCAAUCCAUGGGAUAGCCGCAGUACUGCCAAUGCCAUUCAUCAGGCUUUAAUCAUGGGUGACGAAGAGGCCAAGGCUCGUUGGGAGGAUCUUCACAACCACGUUAUAACGCAAACGGCUCAGGCCUUCGUCACGUCGUUCCUCACACGCUGCCUCCGCGCAAACACCGAGCAUGUUCAAGGCGAUUUAAUCGAUGUCCCUUCGUUUGACGUUGCUCGCGUUCUCCCGCGGUACAGGCACUCCCAUAAACGCUUCUUGCUUAUCGACCUCGAAGGGACGCUCUGGCACCGAGAUAUCUCCAGGGGGAGCCUUCAGCGCGGAGCUUUCAACCCACCUGCCGAGAUAUUCGAGUUGCUAGAGAAGCUUGCCGAUGAUAAGCGCAACGAAGUGUGGCUAUUGAGCGGACUGCCUGUCAAAAACGUGCUUGAUCAGAUUGCCCAAAAGGUGCCCAAGAUCGGGAUUGUAGCUGAAAACGGGUGCUUCAUCAAGACACGGCCCAGUCGAGGGCAGCCACCAGCCUGGGUUAACAUGGUCGCAAACUUCAAUUUGACAUGGAAAAGCUCUUGUCUAGAGAUUCUUGACUACUUCACCGAGCGCACGCCGGGCGCGUUCGUUGAGGAGAGAGAAGCUUCAAUCGUAUGGCGAUUUUGGACAGGGCCAGAGACUGAUAGCCCAGAUCGACAAUGGGCUCGUCGUCAAGCGGCUGAAGCACAGAACCAUAUCUUUGACAGUCUCGGCGAACGCUAUGGCUUGCGCAUCAUUCCCGGAAACAACAGUUUCCUCGUUCUUCCCAACAACAUCUCGCGAUCAACGGCUGUGGGUGCGAUAUUGCACCCUGGCGGACCGUCGCAUUCUCCGCUCGCAGCCCAAGCGGUGUGGAUGUCGCCAGACACCAUGGAUGACAAUGCCGGCCUGGAUCUGGAUUGUAUCUUGGCGGUCAGCAGCGAUGAAAAAUUGUUGAGGAGGCUGAACGAGUUCGACAAUUCCGAGACAGUCUCCACGAGCGGCAAGAACACCGACGCUAAAUGGCAGCUCGAUGCAAAGAUUGCGACGAAGGCUUUGUGGCAGUUGGCUAAUGUUGUAUCGGCUUGA